AUGGCGAACGCGAACGUUUUAGAACGAGGAAGCUCACCGACAGCGGGUGAUUUGAAUGAUCUUUUUGAUUAUGACAUCGGCUUGGAUGAGAUUAUUCCAGAUAACAAUGCUUCAAAUACCAAUAACACCAAGGCCCCUGGGAUAGGAGAUUCUGCACUUGGUUUGGGUCUUGAUGAAGUCAAAGUCGCAAAGAAACGACAACCUGUGGCCAAACUAGAUGAGGGCCGGUUACUCUCACAACCGGGCAUACCCAAACUGCGGCAUACUGCCAGACAGAAGCUGAAAUUCAAGGGGAAAGGACAUGAGUUCAAGGACGCCGCACGCUUGCUCAACUUUUAUCAGCUGUGGCUCGAUGAUCUAUUUCCACGCGCAAAAUUCGCAGACGGUCUGACAAUGAUUGAGAAACUGGGACACUCAAAACGAAUUCAGGCCAUGCGACGAGAAUGGAUAGACGAGGAGAAACCGAGAAUUUUCGAUAGCUCUGAAACUACGCGAGAAGAGCUCAAAAAUCGCGACCUCAAGAACCCUGCAGAUUCCGAUCAUAACCCAGCCGCGAUUACCCAGGCCCAGGAAGGCGCUGCCGACCAAGACCUGUUCAUUCCAGACCCAAACGAGAGUGCACGGCCUACAAUCAGCUUCCCCGAGCCCGAGGACGAUGAUUUGGAUGAUCUUCUCCGACAACAGGAUGAGUCAAUGACUGAUUUCCCCCCGGACAUGCAUGCCUCAUCUUCAAGGAUACCCGAUGACGAUAACGACGACUAUGAUGCUGAGUAUGAAGCGAUGAAGGAGCUUGGGAUGUAG